AUGCCGUGCAAGACGAGAAAUAUGGACUCGGAGGAGAGGAUGGCGGCCGCCCACGAGCUUGAGAUGAAGCACGAGAAACACAUCCACCAGGCACAACUGAUCGCCAAGGAGGAAGACGCGCGUAGACAAAAGGUUACAAAGCAGGUGCUUCUCGCAGAAAACUCGACAUUACGCGAGCAGCUCGCCGAGAAAGAUGCUCAGAUCAACCAAUUGACCGACAAAUGCGACGAGACGCGCUCCGAGCUGGACUCCUUGAAGGCCACUAGUCACGAUCAACAGACCCAAAUAAAGUCACAAACCCGAGAAUUCGCCAAUAUCAAGGCCGAGCUUGAGUCACUCAACAGUUUGUCCCAAGAGUCAACCAAGGUUCUUUCCGAGAAGCUUGCUCUUUCUCGAGAGCUCAAUGCUUUAAGGCCCGAAUUGGAGCAUUUGCGGUCACAAGUGGCUCACCAGCAAACAGCCAUCGCGGAGAAGUUGGCGUUGGAACGGGAACUCAACAUGGUCGAGGUGCAAUUGGCCAACGAGAAACGCGUACGGGAACAACAAGCAGCCCAAGCGGAGGGCAACAAGACAACCGAGGACGAGCUGAGUCGCAAGCUAAAGGACACCGAGAAGAAGUUGGCCGCCGAGAAGCGAGAAAAGGAACAAUUGCAAAAAGAACUCGAUUCUGUCGCUGCCGCUGCGCAGUCGGGCGAGGACAACAAGAAAGCGGACCAGGAGCUUAAGAAGAAGCUACAGGAGGCAGAGAAGAUGCUUCUGUCCGAAAGGCGUGAGAAGGAGAGACUUCGUAAGGAGAACGAGGUGGCACUGUCGGAGGCUCAGGCACAGAACGAAAUGCUAGAGCAGCGUCUUGACACCCUGAGAUCAAAGCUACGGAUUACUCAGGAGGAACUCAAGUCGAUGCGAUCCGAAGUCGUCCACACAAGUACCGUGCCUACGAAGAAGGCAGAUACCGCCGCGCGGGUUGGCGGUGCCAAGGCGCAGAAUGCUCGCAAGCGUCGAGUAGAAGAACUCAGCAUAAGCGACAUGAGCAUUGGAACGCCAGAGGAUGUCACACGAGGCAGGCGACAACUUAAGAAGAAGGAGCAAGCUCUUGUGGGCGAAAAAUCGACAUUCUCCAUCACUCCUUUCUUGGCCAAAAGCAAGACUCUUACCGUUGAGGACGCGGUUGCUGAGGAGGAAGAAAACGAAGCCGAUGUCAGCUACGUGCCUCUUGCACACCAGGCUCAACAGGCCGCUGCUGAGGCUGAGGCGGAGGCCCAGGCAAGUGCUGGAGAAGAUGAUGGGGCUGAGCCCGAAACUGCAGACUCGGCAGAAGCGGAGCCCGAAAAAACCGCCCUCGCUCCCAAAGAAACCAAGACUAAGACGAAAGCCAAAAGCAAUGGAGAACCCAAGAAGGCGCGUGGCAGGCCCAAGAAGGCAUUGGCUGAGGCAUCCCCGAACAUGCCUGUACAGGCCCCCUCCGCGAGCAAUGACGUGGCCAAGUCAGGUUCUCUGCUUGACAAGGUUCUCGAGGAGCCCGAGGCCGGCGAACAAGAGAAUGCAGUUCCUCCCGCGAAGACCACUGCAGCGGAGAAGAAGGCGACGGUGACGAGUACGGGUGUGCGCGAACAAGAGGUCAAGAGAAAGAAGCGCAAGCUCGCCGGCGACUCAACCACUCUUUUCGACGACGACGGUGAGGCGGAGACUGCGAAUGUCAAGCGACCUGGUGGUAAAGUUGCGCCAGGAGCCGGCAAGGCCCUUGGCAAGACGCACUUGUCCUUGGUGCGUAACGCAGGCGCAUUUGGCAAGAGGACAUUCUCUCCACUCAAGAAAGAUAGGAGAGGUGUUGGUGCUAGUUUCCUGGCGUAA